UUUGGUAAACCGCAGCAACGUGUGGAAUUGAAAUGAGCUGCUACUAGACCUAUCCUGAUAUGGCAGAUAUUUUCAUUUUCCCAACACACUGCCUCCUUAGCUAACAUAUCUCCAUUGUUGCACUGCAUAUACUUAUGUAAAUGCGCAACCAAUUGACGCAGAGCGUCACCAUGCAUUGUUCAACCACUUUAUCCUUCUCAAAGCCUCAAAUUCUUGCUUCUCUGUCCGGUAAUAACUCACCUCCUCCUCCUGGACCUCCUCCUAAUGCUAAUCCAAGGCCCCCACAGCACGCUUUAACAGCAGCAGCAGCAGCAGCAGAACAAGAACAGAUAAGGAAGCUACAGAAACGGAAACGAAAACCGCCCUCAGUUGCUGAAAUUGAAAGGGCAAUCGGAGCUGGAAUGUUCAAGGACAGAGACACCAGCAACAGGAACGCAGAAAAGAACAAGACUCUGUUUGAUAGAUUUCUGUCGAUUACAAUCGGAGAAACCGAAGGGUCGGUGGAGAAGAAGCUCCGGGAGUCCGGGGAGUGGAUCAUCGAUCGAACCGAAAAGGCGCCCAAAUCUACCGGUAAAAACAUUCUCAUGGCUGUGUUCUUAGGGGUUCUACCACUUUGGAUGUUGUCAUUUCUUGUAGCUUCCGGGGUUGUAAAGCUGCCAUUCAGUACCCCUUUUCUCGAUGACCUAAUCAUGUGAACAAUUUCAAUUGACGCAAAGAAAUGUUUCUGCUCUUGCUUGAUUUGUUGUAAUAGGUACAUUUACUACUCAGUUUGAAGAAAAUGAUCAGUUGGAACUUAAGUACGAGGAAAAUGACCCCUCACAUCUGAAAGGCAGUCUAUCUAUUCAUUUGGUAUGCUUUCGAUU